AUGAGCUCGCAAUCCCUUCGCCGGCCAGAGUCGGCUCAUCGAACAGACGCCCCCGGCCGUGAUGACCAAGCCAUGCCGGAUCAAGGGCCAGCGCCGAUGUUGGUGUACCUGGUCGAAGGGGAGACGUUCGGAGGGAUGUAUCGCAACGCUGGGGCAGAGAACGGUCGACCUAUUUUCCAACGGUACGAGGAUCCUCCGGCCUGCAUUUGCUUUGAGGGUGGCUGGAAAGUUCGCUUGGGGACAGAUGAUGGGACUGCUCAGGAGCAUGCUGAUACUAGGUCAAGUUUGCCACCGACCGGUGCUUGGGGACCUUUGCAGGUGUCUUGUCGAUCAUCUCCGUUCUUCGUCGUUGACGGUGCUACGGAUAAUGAGUCUGUCAUGAAUGGACGCUACGCCUGCAUCGGGAUUCUCAACGGACGGCCCAAGUACAAGCGACUUGGCUCACAAGCCAUUAUCUAUUAUUUCGAUGGCAAGUGGAGGAUCAACUCGUCGGACACAUGGGGGUGGUACUUUUGGCAUCCAAACGCAGAAGCCCGAAUGCCACCGGUUGGUCUUUGGGAAAGAUAUGACCAUGACGAUGUACCUCAGGGGCCUCCUGCCAGCCUCACCCUAGGAACACAGUUCAUGAGAGGAGACAGCACGCUGAUAGUGCAACACCCCAGGCAGAUAGACUGGUCUGCGAACCCGUCCGGUGCAGGUUGGGUAACUUGGGUCGAACCAGGUGAGCGACGACAUGUCUCGCAGAUCAGAGAUGCAUGGUAUUUACAUGACGGUGACGACAACCUGUGGGUACCCUUCAGCGCAGCUGUCUUGGAGCAUACAGAAGGCGCUGACGCAGAGCCUGAUGAGCCAGUGGUGGUGUACAGAGUUCGGGUCAAUGAGCAACUGAGCACAACUUACGUGCAGGAUGGCAUGUGCAACUGUAAGGCGUUUUACCAAGCAAGUGGGGCGGAUGCGCAUCUUUUCUUCGAAGAUGGAUGGAGGUUAUCUACUCCUGCACUGCCUGGGCUCACAUUCUUCCCUGACCCUGACCCUGAAGAAUCAUCUUCAGGGUUCUUCCCCCCGACAGGCAGCUGGCACUCAGAGGGCGGAGAGACGGUAAGCGUGAGUUGUCGUGCGUCCCCAUUCUUCAUCGUCGGGGGAGCUGGAAGUGACGCGCAGCAUUCUCGGGUCAACGGACGGUAUGCCUGUGUUGGCAUCUUCAUGGGCAAGCCCAAGUACAAGCAGGUGGACGGAGAAGGGAUUCUAUACUGGAGGGACUAUUGGAAGCUUAACUAUACGGACGGCGCUCGUGUUUGGUACUACGCAUAUUAUCCUGAUAGCGACUCAUCUCUGCCGCCGACAGGCACAUGGACCACAUUUGCAUACAGCAAUAGGCUUGCCCUGCCGGCUCCUGAAGUUUCUAUCGGCCGCACGGAAGACUAUGGAGUCGGUGACCGCGUCGUCUUCAUGCGAUCAGGCUCUCUGUCCUACGGCCCCGGCUGCACGGCAGAGGUUGGCCAGAUUCGAGAGGAUGGCUUCUUCUCGCCCACGGGGUCUGAGACUUUAUGGGUCCCUCUCUCGAGCGUGACGUUAGACCAUGCCCAUGAAGAUCAUGAAGGAGAUUCCCAGCUCCAGGCAAGUGAGCCAUCCGAGGGAGAAGGCUCACACGCUGACGUUGAAAGCUCUCUGGAACAGGAUUCUGCUACUGGGGGCUCUGGAGACGAGGAAGAUUCGGAAGGAUCUGAAUCAGAAGCAGCACCAGCAGAUGCGUUUGAAUGCGGACAUGACGAGGACUGGACAAAUCCCGACGAAGUGGAACGAUUCAAGUGCCCGCUAUGCCUGAUGGUGGCCCGAGAUGCCUUGUCGCACCACUGCGGUGGAUCACUAUUUUGUGACGAGUGCUGGACUAGAUGCCUGGUGCGAGAUGAUAAGUGCCCAAAUUGUAGAGAAGACUCCUCAACCGUGGUGCCCGCACAUUUCGAGCGCCGGAGCAUCAGAAACCUCAGGAUCAACUGCCCAAGCGGAUGUGGAGGUACCUUCACUCUGACCGAGAAGCCUACGCACCUCAGCGACCUCUGCCCUCUCCGGGAGGUUCAGUGCCCAGAUUGCGGGGCUUCCAUGCAGGCUAACGAGCUGGCCGUGCAUCAGGAGGAGCAUUGCAGCAGCCGCAGAAUCCUCUGCAGCCUUUGCGGAGAGCAGGUUAUUGGCACUGACAUGAUGGCGCACUUCGAGAGUAGCCCAGGCAAGCACUUUGUGGCCUUGCUGGCGAAGGUCAGCAGCCUUGAGGCUGAGGUAACUCGGCUCAGAGCCGAAAGGGGCCGAGAGGAAGGGACGGGAGUGGACUUGUAA